CUUUCUUAGAUUCUUUUGCUUCCAUGGCAGAACAGCAUCAUGGGUUCAGCCACUAUCUUAAAGAUUCACAAACUAACGCGCCCGCAUCUUUUCUUGAUACAACACUGCUCAAGCAUGAAACAGGUAAUGGAAUUCCAUGCUCAUUUCAUCACAAGUGGCCGCUCCAAAGACUCCAUUUUUCUUAGCUCCAUCAUCUCCUUCACUGCACUCUCUCCUGCUGGAGAUUUGGGCUAUGCCCACUCUGUUUUUAGCCGCGUAAAUGCACCCAAUGCUUUCAUGUUCAACACCAUGAUUAGAGGCUAUGCUUCAAGCUCUGAUCCUGGUCAGGCUAUUGUUCUUUACAAUGGGAUGCUCAGGUAUGGCAUUGCUCCCAAUAAUUACACCUUCCCAUUUGUGAUCAAAGCUUUAUCAAAGGGUAAAUUUUGCUUGCACGGUGAAGCUAUUCAUUGUUCUGUGAUCAAAUAUGGGCAUGUUUUGGACCUUCAUGUUGCGAAUUCGCUCUUGAAUAUGUAUGCAAGUUUUGGGUUGUCAAAUGAGGUAAGCAAAGUGUUUGAUGAAAUUCCUGAACCGGAUGUAGUUUCUUGGAAUGUGAUCAUUGAUGAUCUUUCUCAAAACAGUUGCCUUGAUAACGCUUUGUGUGCGUUUACUGAGAUGUCUCGACAAGAGGUUGAACCUAAUUCAGUCACAUUUCUUGCCCUUGUGUCUGCUUGCACAAAAACCAGUGAUUUCUAUACUGGGAAAUUGAUACACUUGCAUAUAAUUAAGUCAGGAAUUAGUAUUAGUGAAAAUCUUGGAAAUGGGUUGCUUGAUAUGUAUUGUAAGUAUGGAGAUCUGGAGUCAGCUGAGAAAAUGUUCAGUAGGAUGCAAGUGAAGACUGUGUUUUCAUGGACUUCACUGCUUGAUGGCUAUAUACAAAAGGGUGAACUUGAAAGAGCCAUGGUGAUUUUUCAUCAGAUGCCUAUAAAGGACACAACUGCUUGGAAUGUCAUGCUUAGUGGCUUUGUAGAGGCAGGUGAUGUGAAUUCAGCUGAGAAGAUUUUCAGAGAAAUGCCAGAAAGGGAUUUGGUGUCAUGGAACAGUAUGAUCAUUGGAUAUGCCCAGAACAAUAAACAUAUCCAGUCUUUACAUCUGCUCAAAGAAAUGCUAAAUUUGGGUAUGGAACUUGAUCGGAUUACUCUAGCCGGGGUGUUUUCUGUCUGUGGGUAUACAGGAUCACUGUUUCUUGGGGAAUCAAUCCAUUCUUACAUGGAAAAAAAGAACAUCAAGGGAGAAGAAGUCGAGGCCGCUUUGAUGGACAUGUAUUCCAAAUGUGGCGCUUCUGGAGAAGCUCUGAAAGUGUUUGAAAUGAUAGCAACAAAAUCAGUGUUAGCUUGGACUGUCCUGAUUGUAGGACUAGCCAUGAAUGGUCUUACAAAUGAAGCCCUGAGUUACCUUCAUCAAAUGUGCCACGCGGGAGUAAAGCCAAACGAGAUCACAUUUUUAGGAGCUCUAUGUGCCUGCAGCCAUGCCGGUCUUGUGGAAGAAGGCAAGCGUUUGUUCAGCGCCAUGAUUCAGGUUUACGGCCUAACACCAAGGCCCGAGCACUACAGUUGCAUGGUGGAUCUUCUUGGCCGGGCUGGUUUACUGAAAGAAGCAGAGAAGUUCAUUCAAGAUUUGCCUGCAGAAACAGAUGCUGCAGGCACCUGGGGAGCACUUCUUGGAGCUUGUAGAAUGCAUGGCGGCGAGGUUCAAAUGGCAGAAAAAAUCGCCAGAAAACUGACCGAAAUCGACCAGUUUCAUUCAGGCAGAUAUGUCCUUCUCUCCAACAUCUAUGCUGCAGAAAACAGAUGGCAUGAUGCUGAGAAUGUGAGGAAGAAGAUGAAGGCUUCAGGUGUUCAGAAACUGCCAGCCUUCAGCUUCAUUGAACUCAACUGAAUGAGUGAAUGGAUUGGGCUGCCUUCACUGACCCAUUGGACAGUUACUAAUGGGCCAAACCCAUUGCAAAGCCCAACAAGACUAAGCAAAUAUAAAUCAUAUCCAACCGGACCAACUGUAUUAAUUUUCUCUGUAUCGUUUCAAUUUUAUCACAUAUUUUCAGAGAACAAACUGAGAUUGCUAUUACUAGGUAAAUGUUUGACCUAUUUAAACUAGAAACGUCUGUAGUAUCACUUUCAAUUGAAAACUGAAAACACAAAGGUAUCUUAGAAUUA